AUGGCUCACACCAACCCCGUGCCUAAACUAUACAAGUCUGUUAUUGAAGAUGUGAUUGAAGGUGUGCGGGAACUCUUUGCUGAAGAGGGUUUAGAGGAACAGGUUCUCCAAGACUUGAAGCAGCGUUGGGAAACCAAGGUGGUGCAGUCAAAAGCAACAGAAGGCUUCUUCAAGAAUAGCCACCAUUCUCAACGGUUUACCCUGCAGUUGCCACAGAAUCUUCACCGUGUUCUGCAGGCUUCAACAGCUUCUUUUGUCAUCCCAACUGCUAGAGGUUUUCAGCAUUUUGCAGCAGUAGACCCGGGCGCUUCACGAGCAGGUGCAACUCUUACUCACCCUUCGGGUGUUGCUUAUCCUGUACAUGUACCAGCUGGAGUGAUGCUACAGACAACAUCUGGGCACCUUUAUAAGGUAAAUGUGCCUGUUGUGGUCACGCAGACCCCAGGAGAUGUGAGUAUUCUCCAUCAUCCUGUUCAGCAGAUGUAUCAGCCCCUUGGGCAACCUUCAGUUCUGCAAGCCAACAUUGCCAGUGCUGCGCAGGUGAAUGCAUCUUCUGCUGAAAUAUUGCAGCCCCAGGACACUGUUGUCCAACACAGCAUGGUAUUUCAACCAAAUGUUAUGGAAAAAAAUAACCUGGAGAACUCUGCCAAUACAUCUUUGGUCCAGCAGCCCUCUGUGAGUCAGCAGCAACUUGCAACUAAUGUAGCAUUAAAUCAGUGUGCAGACUCAACAGAAAAAUCCCAGCAUGGGAGUCUUCACACAGCUGUGUUUACUCCAGAAUCCUCCAAAGGGUUUUCUCUUGCUGAAUCCCUGGCAAACAACUCAAGCAGUGUGCUGCUGGAUGUGGAGGAGCAGUUAGACAUUCAGCUUCAGGAGUCAGUGCACCAGCAGGUGUCUGAUGAUAUCAUUGACCUGAUUAUUAUGGGCAACAGUUUGGAUGAUGGCGCUGUUCUGAAAGAUGAGGACAGAAUUGCUUCCUCUGACAAGAUGGAACCCACUGUGCAGAUGAAAUCUAAUUUACGAUCAGAGAAGGAUAUCUGCAGUGACAUUGAAGGCAUAAUUCAGCUAGAUGGUACUGGUGAUGCUUCUCCCAAGAAAGAAAUACCACAUGCAAAAGAUAGGGGAGAGAAUGAAUUCGUUGGUGUUACUGAGUCAGAGGAUCUAAAAGUUCUGGAUGAUGAGGAUGAUGAAGAAUGUGGCAGUAUUUCGGACACAGAGUCUAGCAGCAAUGGUGGUGAUAAGGAAGAGCCCCAGAUAGAUAUAGUUGAGGAGGACCCCUUAAAUUCUGGUGAUGAUGUCAGUGAACAGGACAUUCCAGACUUGUUUGACACCGACAAUCUGAUAGUUUGUCAGUAUGACAAGAUACAUCGAAGUAAGAACAAAUGGAAGUUCUACUUAAAAGAUGGAGUGAUGUCCUUUGAGGGUAAAGACCACGUUUUUUCAAAAGCCAUUGGAGAUGCAGAGUGGUGAAACCUCACUGAAGUACGUACUUUAAGGCAGUGGCACUAUUCCCUUACAAACCUGUGAAAGAACAUGUCUAUUGUUCUGCCUUAAAAAAUAAAACCAAACCAACAAAGCUGUGAUAAAAAUAUGCAAAAAGUGUUGUUAAUACAUGCAAACUAAACCACAUUAUUCUUAGCUAU